AAGGCGCGCGUGCGUGCGUGCGUGAGUGAGUGAGCGAGCGAGCGGGAGGCGCGCGGGUUUGCAGGACGAGCGAGCGAGCGAGCGAGGUGGGACACGGCGUUGAGAUGGCGGAGGCUGCAUCCACACAAACCCGGCUUCAGCAAGGCCAGAGCGGGGGGUCAGCGGGUUCGGGAUCAGCCUCGGGUUCCGGAAGCAGCGACCCGGCCCGGCCCGGUCUGAGCCAGCAGCAGUGGGCGAGUCAGAAGAAGGCGCAGGUCCGCGCUUUCCCUCGGGCCAAGAAGCUGGAGAAGCUCGGAGUGUUUUCGGCUUGUAAGGCUAAUGACUCGUGUAAGUGUAACGGCUGGAAGAACCCUCACCCUCCGACAGCCACCCGGAUGGAGCUCCAGCAGCAGGCGGCUGAUCUGAGUGAGGCGUGUCGUAGCUGUGGUCACUCCCUCGCGCAGCACGUGUCUCACCUGGAGAACGUCUCGGAGGACGAGAUUAACAGGCUGCUCGGGAUGGUGGUGGACGUAGAGAACCUCUUUAUGUCCGUGCACAAGGAGGAGGACACGGACACCAAGCAGGUCUACUUCUAUCUCUUUAAGCUGUUGAGAAAGUGCAUUCUCCAGAUGGGUAAGCCAGUGGUGGAGGGGUCGCUGGGAAGUCCACCGUUCGAGAAGCCAAACAUAGAACAGGGAGUGUCAAACUUUGUGCAGUAUAAGUUCAGUCACUUGGCUCCUAAGGAGAGACAGACGAUGUAUGAGCUAAGUAAGAUGUUCCUAUUGUGUCUGAACUACUGGAAGCUGGAAACGCCGUCUCAGUUCCGCCAGCGCGCCCAGAAAGAGGACGCGUCUGCCUACAAAGUCGACUAUACCAGGUGGCUCUGCUACUGCCACGUGCCUCAGAGUAACGACAGUCUGCCUCGCUAUGAGACGUGUCAGGUGUUCGGCCGCAGUCUGCUCAAGUCCAUCUUUACCGUCACUCGCAGGCAGCUGCUGGAGAAGUUCAGAGUAGAGAAAGACAAACUGCCCCCGGAGAAGCGAACGCUUAUCCUCACACACUUUCCCAAGUUUCUUUCUAUGCUGGAAGAAGAAAUCUAUGGUGAGAAUUCUCCUAUAUGGGACGCUGAAUUCACCAUGCCGGCUAACGAGUUAGCUCAGCUGGGGCCUCAGACAGUUUUGAGUCCGGUGGCGGUUUCUUGCUCUCCUCUGCGUAAAGGCGCCGGAGGCCCCGCUCUCGACACAACCUCCUCCGAAACCGUAACAGGAGAGAAGAGGAAGUUACCGGAAGCUCUAACCCUUGAGGAUGCGAAACGGAUCAGGGUGAUGGGAGAUAUCCCUAUGGAACUAGUUAACGAGGUCAUGAUGACAAUCACUGACCCUGCCGCCAUGCUGGGGCCAGAGACAAGUCUCCUGUCUGCGAACGCGGCGCGGGAUGAGACAGCACGUCUGGAGGAGAGAAGAGGCAUUAUAGAGUUCCACGUGAUCGGUAACUCACUCUCCCAGAAGUCCAACAAGAAGAUCCUGAUGUGGUUGGUGGGCCUGCAGAACGUCUUCUCGCAUCAGCUGCCCCGCAUGCCCAAAGAGUACAUCACGCGCCUGGUCUUUGACCCGAAACACAAGACUCUGGCUCUGAUUAAAGAUGGCCGUGUGAUUGGUGGGAUUUGUUUCCGAAUGUUUCCCACUCAGGGAUUCACCGAGAUCGUUUUCUGUGCCGUUACGUCAAACGAGCAAGUGAAGGGCUAUGGCACUCAUCUGAUGAAUCACCUGAAGGAGUAUCACAUCAAGCACGGCAUACUUUACUUCCUGACUUACGCUGAUGAGUAUGCCAUUGGAUAUUUUAAAAAACAGGGUUUCUCCAAAGACAUCAAAGUUCCAAAGAGUCGCUACCUUGGCUACAUUAAAGAUUACGAAGGCGCCACCUUGAUGGAGUGUGAGCUCAAUCCCAGAAUCCCCUACACAGAGCUGUCACACAUCAUCAAACGGCAGAAAGAGAUCAUCAAGAAGCUGAUUGAGAGGAAGCAGAGCCAAAUCCGAAAGGUGUACCCGGGCCUCACCUGCUUCAAAGAGGGAGUGCGACAGAUCCCAGUGGAGAGCAUUCCAGGCAUUAGAGAAACAGGUUGGAAACCCAGCGCCAAAGAGAAGAACAAAGAACUGAAGGAUCCUGACCUUCUGUACAACAUACUGAAAAAUCUCCUGGCCCAGAUUAAAACACACCCUGAUGCUUGGCCCUUCAUGGAGCCGGUGAAGAAAUCUGAAGCUCCUGACUACUACGAGAUCAUCAGAUUUCCCAUUGACCUGAAGACUAUGACGGAGCGCCUGAAGAACCGCUACUAUGUGACUAAGAAGUUGUUCAUCGCCGACCUGCAGCGAGUGAUCACAAACUGCCGAGAGUACAACCCACCCGACAGCGAGUACUGCAAGUGCGCCAACACGCUCGAGAAAUUCUUCUACUUCAAACUGAAAGAGAGCGGCCUGAUCGACAAGUGACCCCCAGCGCACAGGUGGAAGGGUUUUAACGGGACGUGGCGCAUAGAAACGACGGCAGAAAACUCUGCCCUCGUGUAGAGACGGAUAAGAACGAACGAUCUGCGGAGUGAGUGUGGGGGAGGAAAUGCGCGAGAGGUUACCGGGCAUCGGAGGACGUAAUGAGGGUAAAAUUUAUGAACUUCCGGUUGGGUUGAGCGUGUAUACAGGAGAGGGCGAAAUUAUUUGGACGUUUAUUAUUAUUUGUCUGUUUUUGGCACAUUAUAUAUACACACAUGCGCGCACACACACACACACUGUUAAGAGAACAUUACAUGUCUUAUUAAGCCAGUUCGUAACAAUACUAUAUAUAUUGUUUUAUAUCACAUCGCUGUCGAAUGCUCAAUUCUGAUUGGUCAGAAGGUUUUGAAUUAUUUCACCAGCUCUGUUAUAUCUACAGCAAUCAGCCAUAACAUUUACCUCCAUAUUGUCAGAUUCCUCUUGUGACAUCUGGGACGUUCUGUCCCCUCAACUGGUGACUGUGGAUCCUUUAGGUGCUCUAGGUUGUGUGGUGGGGCCUCCAUAGAUCAGACAUGUUUAUACCGGGCAUCUUAUGUGUUUGGGUGUUUGAUCGAGUUGGGAUCUGGGAAGUUUGCAGGCCGAAAAGGUGGCCUUGGGCCCUUUGCCUGCCGGGCCCCGUGCACUGAGCGUUCUUAUGACUUCCUAUCGUAUCGUAUCGAGUAUAAAUGUUUUUUUUUUUUUUUUGUGAGUUUUGCUGCUUUCGCUUUUCUUUGAGAUCGGACGUGACGUGCGCACACAUGCAUAAAUAAGCCCUGGAUGCCCAUGAUCCUGCCACCAUGUUUCUGAUAUGUAAUUGAUAAUCAUUUACAUAUGUUUCAUAUGUAAUGUAGUUUUAAUGUUCUGGCUGAUCUGUGCUAUAUAUAUAUAUAUAUAUAUAUAUAUAUAUAUAUAUAUAUAUAUAUAUAUAUAUAUAUAUAUACACAUACAUACAUAGAUACACACUACCACUCAAAAGGUUGGGAUCACUUGCAAAUUUCUUUGUUUUUGUUUAGUGAUUUAUUGUCUACAUUCUACGACAAUACUGAAGAUUUCAAAACUGUGAAAUUACACGUAUUGAAUUUGGUAAUGUUGUAACAACAGCAGCAACAGUCAGUUGUAAUUUUAAGACACUGAGGUCAGCCUUUCUAGAUCAGUCUUUGCAAGAAUUGUAUUGUGUCAAGUGUGUUUGCAAAACCCACCAAGCACCAUGAUGAUGAAACCGGCUCUCAUUAAGAUCAGCUCAGAAAAGCAAGACCAAAACGUAUCUGUGCUGCAGAGGAGAAGUUUAUUUAGAGUCACCAGCCUUAGAAAUCACAAAUUAACAAACGGCACCUCAGAUUAGAGAUGUUAUGAAGACUUUACAGAGCGUAAGUAGCAGAUACAGAUUGCAGAAUUGACUUCAGUAUUGUUUUAAAGUGUAGAAAGAAAUAAAAAUUAGGAACAACCAUGGAGUAAGAAAGUGAUCCUAAACUUUUGAGCAGUUGUGUGUGUGUGUGUGAUAAACAGCACUCUGU